AACUCAUAACCUCCUUCCCAAUACAUACAAGAAAUAUAUAAGUAAACAAAUAUUCACGUAGAUGGAACUUUAUAUAUAAACUAAUUCAAUUUCACAAGACGAUGACAUAACAGGAGCGCACACACUAACACACACUGGUUUUUGUUUUGUUUGGUUGCUAUGGAUCCUUGUCAGUUCGUCCGGCUGACCGUCGGCAAGCUCGCGCUGAAGUUUCCGGUGGCGUCGAAGCCGGCGAGGACGGUGGUCCAUCCCUCCUCCUCGCCGUGCUUCUGCAGAAUUAAGCUCAAGAACUUCCCGGCCGUCACCUCCGUGGUCCCCUGCAUUGUCUCCGAAAAAACCGGCGAGAAUAUCGGGGGCGAGGCGCAGCUGAGUUCCCAGGCGGCGUCGUUUCACCUGAACAAGCCGGAUCUUGAGAAGCUGGCGGGGAAGUCGGGGAAGGUGACGCUGAAAAUCGCGAUUUUCACGGGCGGGAGGGGGACGAGCUGCGGGCUGAGCUCCGGCAGGCUGCUGGGGAGAGUGACGGUGCAGGCGGAUCUCACGGGGACCGAGGCUAGGGUUUGUGUGUUUCAUAAUGGGUGGAUUAGUGUGGGCAGAGAUGAUAAGUGUGGGGCCCAGUUUCAUUUGAGUGUGAAGGCUGAACCGGAUCCGAGGUUCGUUUUUCAGUUUGAUGGUGAACCGGAGUGUAGUCCGCAAGUGUUUCAGAUUAAGGGGAAUGUGAGGCAGCCGGUUUUUACUUGCAAGUUCAGUUUUCGGACUACUGGUGGUAAUCAGCGCUCCAGAUCAUUACAGUCUGAGGCAAAUGUUAACAGAGGAUGGUUGAGUUCAUUUGGAAGUGAUAGAGAGAGGCAAGGAAAAGAGCGAAAGGGUUGGUCAAUUACUGUCCAUGAUUUGUCUGGCUCGCCGGUUGCAGCGGCGUCAAUGGUGACUCCGUUUGUGGCGUCUCCCGGCUCAGACAGGGUCAGUCGGUCUAACCCCGGAUCAUGGCUCAUACUCCGUCCUGGCGAUGGCACCUGGAAGCCAUGGGGUCGGUUGGAGGCCUGGCGUGAGCGUGGUGCUAGUGAUGGUCUUGGUUACAGGUUUGAACUUAGUCCUGAUGGUGGCGCUGCAGGGAUUGUGCUAGCUGAAUCUACUCUCAGUUCUUACAAAGGAGGCAAAUUUAGCAUUGACUUGGGUUCGGGGCUGGGAACAGGGGGCAACACUAAUGGGCAGACAACACCAGUCAAUUCUACUUCUCCGGUAAAUAGUCCGAGGGGAAGCGGAGACCAUGGUUACAAUUUGUGGCCAUAUUGCAAGUACAAAGGGUUUGUAAUGUCCGCAAUCAUUGAUGGAGAAGGCAGCAAAUGUAGUAAGCCAACUGUGGAAGUUAGCGUACAGCAUGUGAAUUGCACGGAGGAUGCGGCAGUAUUUGUAGCACUAUCAGCUGCAAUUGAUCUGAGUAUGGAUGCCUGCAGGCUUUUCUCUCAAAAGCUGAGGAAGGAGUUGUGCCAGCCUCAGGAACUGCUAUAAAGCGGAGUUUUGCUUUCCUAGUGUUUCUAGUAUGCGGGUAGCGUGUUUUUGGAGUGUCUAAUGGUGUUUUUGAUUCCAUUUGACAUAGGAGGUAAUGUAGUUACUGCUACUAACAAACUAGUAGUAUAGAUUCUGUACAGGGCAGAUGACUGAGAUGGAGGGAGAUCACCAGGCACUUGGUUUUUUAGUAGGUGUGUGGAUUGUUUAAUUUUUACCAUUUCUUUGUUUUAGGGGAGAGUGGUAUUGGCUAAAGAUUGUUUAGAAUCAGGUUUACUUUUCUUCUGGUUGAGGAUUAUGCAGCACUAAUCUGGAUCAAAUAGUUACAUUUACCCUCAUAGUUUUCAUUUGCGGAGAAUGUAUUGGAUUAUUAUCACCUAAGUGCUCUUUGUUUUUAGUUUUA